AUGCUGCUGGCAGACGAAUCUUACAGAGGACCCCCUGACAGAGGCUUUGAUGAUUCCCAAGCGGGUGGAAUCGCUCAAUUCAAGGUGGGCACCAAGCUGUCAGGCACAUCUGGACCCACGGACUUCGGAUUUCUUCUCAGUGGCUCUGGAAACUCUGCAAGCGAUGCUUCUUCCGGGCUCUUGAAGAGGUGUCGAUCCAAAGGAGACCAGGAGAUGGCAGAUGCGAAGCGUCUGGCUCAGGGCCUGCAGCCGCCCCUGCCGCCCCUUCGGCCACAGCAGGUUCUUUGUGGCUUGGUGGCUGGAGAAGACCGUGGGCUCAAUGCCAUGGACCCGCCCAUCGUCCGCACAGACCCCUACUUCUGGCUCCGUGAUGAUUCUCACGAGAAUAUGGAGGUACAACAGCUGUUGCAAGAUGAAGACACAUACUGCUCCAGAGCAUUGUCUUCCCUGAAGCCUCUAAGUGACGAGCUUUACCGAGAGAUGCGCCGCCACGAGAAGGAAUCCUCUGUCGGAAUCCCCUCGGUCCAUGCAGGUGGCUAUGCCUACUACACCAGGGGCUUCAGGGACGAGCUCUACGGUGCCCACUUCCGCGCCAAGUCCCGCGGCCCUGGAAAACCGGUUCCUGCAGACGUGGCGACUCUUGCGGCAGCCAUCGGUCUGGAGCUCUUCGAUGAGGAGCUUCUCCUGGAUGAGAACGACCUCAACGAUGAUGGGAAAGGCAGCUCGCGACCAUACCUGUCCGUAUGUGGCCCAGAUCCCAGCGCCGAUCACGAGUUCAUCGCAUUCGCAGAGGACUUCGAGGGGAACGACAGUUACAGCAUCCGGUUUCGCAACACAACGGUCGACAUGGAGGAAAGUGAUCUGAACGACGACGACGAUGCCGAGUUGACGGAAACCGAUGGUUCAAUUCUCUGGGAGGCGACUGGCCAUGCGGCCAUAUACUAUGUUGGCCACGACAAUGAAUACAGAGGCUACGAUGUCAGGCGCCAUGUCAUAGGAACUGCCCAGUCGUCGGACACCACGCUUUUUGAGGAGCGGGAUCGACGGUUCUCAGUCGGUAUCAGCAAAACAAGUGACGAGCGAUUCCUCGUUGUUCAGUCAGCGUCGAGCGAAACGGCCGAAUCAUAUCUGUUAAAUUUGGAGGAUGUCAGUGCCGGCUUAGUCUCUGUGUGCCCUCGGCAGUUUGGCAUCCAAUAUGAGGUGGACCACAGGUCAGGCCUGCUGUACAUAUUGACAGACAAGGACGAUGCAAAGAAUUCAAAGCUGUGCUGCACACCACUGUCGUCCAUCCCAGGGGACAGCAGCAACUGGCAAGACUUGUGGGUCCCGGAUCCACAUGUGCAGCUGGACUCCCUUCACUGCUUUGAAAACUUCUUGGCGCUGGAGGGCCGACAGAAUGGUGCCAGCUGCGUUUUCGUAAUGCUGCUACCUGACGGCGGUGUCAAGGGUCCGAUUCAUAUGCUGCUUUUUCCAGAGAUGGCUGCUACGAGUGGGUACGUCAGCACUCCACGGACGCAGAAAGCCGUGCAGACGCUUUACUCGGUCAGCUUGGGCGGCAAUGAUUUGUUCAAGACUGACAUCCUGCGUGUACAUUACACCUCAUACACCGUGCCUGGUCGUGAUUAUUCAUACCAUGUGCCGACUCGUGAGUUUAAGCUCAUCAAGGAGUCAGGGCCAGAGCAUUACAACCCAUCAUUGUACAGGGCAGAGAGGAUCACAUCUCAGGGCACGAAAGUGCCCAUUUCCCUGGUCUACCGGGCAGACCUUCACCCGAAAGGGCUCCAGGGUGGGCCGUUUCCCACUAUUCUCACGGGAUAUGGUGCAUAUGGAGCAUGCCAAGAUCCCGGGUUUGAUUCAAACAUCCUUUGCCUUUUGGACCGUGGCAUGCUCUAUGCGGUGGCCCACGUGAGAGGAGGGGGCGAGUUGGGCCGCAAAUGGCGCGAGGACGGCCGGUACUUGAAGGUGAAGAACCGUUUCCACGACUUCAUCGACGCGGCAGAGACCCUCAUCGCCCUUGGAAUCUCAGAAAAGUCCACCCUUGCUGCCUGGGGAGAGAGCAGUGGUGGACUGCUCGUGUCGGCGUCCAUGAACCUCCGCCCAGAGCUGUUCAAGGCAGUUCUGCUUUACGUUCCCUUCGUGGAUGCCAUCAACACGAUGAUCGAUCCCUCAAUUCCGUUGACCUGUGGUGAGUGGGAGGAGCUAGGGAACCCUAACCAGCGCGAAGUGUUUUACUAUAUGCUGGAGUACAGCCCCUACGACAACAUCCGCAUGCAGGACUACCCGGCGGCGCUGGUGACAGCUUCGCAAAACGACACCAUGGUGGGCUACUGGGAGCCCCUGAAGUACGUGAGCAAGCUGCGGCGCAUGAAGACAGAUUCUAAUCCGGUGCUUCUGAAGGUCGACUUCCAUGCCGGACACGGCGGUGCUUCAGACAAGGCCAAGUCCAUGCGUGAGCAGGCUCAGCAUUUUGCUUUUCUUAUGGACCAGCUUGGGGCUGUGCGUUGUCCGCACGCCAACUUCGUGGUGCAGCGCCUGAUCGUUGCACUGCGGCCUGGUGCCUGCCAGUUCAUCAUUGAUGAAAUACUUCGACCCGGUCCCAAGAGCAUCUGCUACCUUGCAAGGCACAAGUACGGAUGCCGGACUCUCCAGCGGCUCCUGGAGCACUGCAGCCACUCGCAGACGGCCCCUCUGGCCGAGGCCAUGCUGGCAGAAGUCGUGCCGUUGUCCAGGCACCCCUAUGGGAACUAUGUGCUGCAACAGCUGCUGGAGCACGGCAGUGGCUCUCAUCAGUCACUAGUCAUCCAUCGGCUUGUAAAGAGUGUUGCACUCAUUGGCUCGGACUCCAACGGUGUGGCAGUGCUUCUGAAGGCCUUGGCGAAUGGAUCUCGGGAGGAGCGGGUGCAACUGGCUUUGGCCUUGAACAUGGAACCAGGUCUCAUCCUCUCCAUCGCCAGGAGCCGCUAUGGCCAUGCUGUUGCGCAGCUCGUGGUCAACUACUUGCCGGAGCCGCAGAAAGCGGAGUUAUGCCGAGAAGUGGCAGCACACUCGGAGGAGCUGCGCGCAUCGCGCUAUGGCAGACUGGUGCUGAACAAUCUCGAACCCUGGCUCGGAUCGGUCCCAAGAUUCCCACAAAAAUUCAGAAAAAGGGGUGUUGUUUCCAGGAUACUGCCCAGGAUAGCCUCCGCAGGUACGGUUUCAACCGACUCAGUGGUGACGGAGCAUGUUCAUUAUUGCUCCCACUGA